AUGCGGACCAGCACAGGUCUAACAAGAAUUUUCCUCUUGCCAAUUCUCAUCUCUCUCCCUCUCUUGCUAAUGAAGAGAUCGUCAGUGCCGAACGCGAGGCGCAUGCGCGUCCCGGCGUUCGGGGAGUGGAACCACCAUGGCGACGACGACGGCAACGGCAAUGGCAUCGGCAACGGAACAUGGCCGGCGGUCAUGACCCCGUUCUUCGACCUCGCCACGCUGCAGAAAGCAGCGCCCAAGACGGGGAGACGACGGCGCGGCGGUGACGACGGUUUCGAUGCGGCCAAGCUGGCUACGGCGGCGGAGGCGCCACAGGGGCACAUGCAGACGAGGCGGAGCAAGGUGGCCAACUCCGGAGCCUACGCGGCGGCGGCGGCGAGGAGGUCCUGCUUCACGGUGGCCAAACCCGUCGACGACGACCUGUACGGGGUUCCACCGGACAUGAUGCUCUACGGGAAGCCAGCACCGAGGAAAGAAGGCUGGCUGAGGAUCCUGCGGCUUCUGGGCUGCUCCUGCUGCUUGAGCCCGUCGUAA